AGAAGCCAGCACUCAAGGGACUCGAGGUGGUUGCAGACCGAACGGGAGGGAAAUCGGCCAUCAAGAUCGAGAGACUUGUUCGGUGCUUUUCAGACGGCACGGAGUAAGCCCCGCCCCGGGGCUAGGCUGGCCCCACGAGGGACUGUAGGGUCUCUGGCGGGCAUCCCCAGCCAGCACGAUGCAUAUAAUCGGCCCAACAUGGCGAUGCUGGCGGGUCUGGGAAUCCAGCCAUCGGCGGGAGAGUUGGAGGUCGCGCGAAGGGGGUUAGUGGCGGACCUGGGCCUUCGGACGGCGGCUGACAUUUUCGAGGCGACGCGGAGCGAGCAGCAGACUCGGGAGCUAGCAUUGGUCUCGCCCGGCCACGUCGCUGGCAAGGCCGAGGAUGCAGCGGAGGACUGUGCCUCUCCUGGGGGGCCGAGCCGGCAGCCGGCACGGAAGAGAGCGGGUCAUGGCAGCACUGAUCAGCCAGCCCCAAAGCGCAUGAGGAUCGUGGUCCGCCGAGAGAGGGACGAGGAAGAAUAG